GCCUGCUGGGACCAACCGCGCUCCGCCCCGCCUUUCCUCGCUCAUUGGCCAACGGCUUCCGAUUGGCCACAGCGGGCGAAGCGCGGGGACCGCAGGGAGUUGUAGUCCGGCCGGACGGUACCAUGGCCACCAAGCGUCGCGGAGCGGUGGCGCCGGCGGCGGCGAAGCGCGAGAGGCACGAGCCGCGCGCGGAGCUCUGCGCGGCCCUCGGGGACGCGGCGCUGCGGGAGCGCGCGGGGGCGGCCUGGGCCCGCGGGGAGCGGCUCCGGCACGAAGCGGUGGUGCUGGAGCCGGCCCCGUUCCGGCACGGUGUCAUUCACGAUUUUCUGGCGGGCUCGGCUUUCGCGGAGGCGCUGCGGGAUGAACUGCUGGGUCUCGGCUUCCGCGGGCGGAGCAACGACCUCCUCUCGCUGCGGCAGUCCGAGGAGCUGGGGGCAAGCCCGGAGCCCCACGUCGCUGCCCUGAGGCAUGCUCUGUGUGAAGAAUUCCAAGUGUGGCUUUCUGCUGUGACCCAGAUAGUGCUGGAGCCAACUAUUGACAUAUCCUGUGCUAAAUAUGAAUAUACUGAUGUGUUGCUGUGCCACGAUGAUGAACUAGAAGGUCGGAGAAUCGCCUUCAUCCUGUACCUUGUCCCACCCUGGGAGAAAAGUGACGGGGGAACGUUGGAUCUGUACAGCACAGACGAACACUUUCAGCCACAGCAAAUCACCAAGUCAUUAGUGCCUUCAUGGAACACCCUGGUUUUCUUUGAAGUGUCUCCAGUUUCUUUCCACCAGGUGUCGGAAGUUCUGUCGCGGAAGUGCCGCCUGUCGGUGAGCGGUUGGUUCCAUGGCCCGUCCGUGGCCAGGCCUGCACGGCACGUUGAAGCCCCCUUGGCCAGGAGCCCACACAUCCCCUAUGAUCAUGAAAUAUUAUAUGAGUGGAUCAAUCAAGUUUAUUUGGACCUGGACUCCCAAGCUCAAAUCCAGGAGGAAUUUGAGGAGCGAUCAGAAAUUCUCCUGAAAGACUUUCUUAAGAAAGAGAAAUACCAACAACUAUGUGAAGCAUUGGAGAGCAAAGAGAUCCAGUGGGGUAGUCGGGGGCCAGCCAAUAAAAGACUCUAUGAGGCAGCAGAGGAAGACAGCCUCCCGGACACCCUGAAGAAAUUCCUGCAGCUGCUGCACUCUGAGGCCUUAUUUUUACUGCUUUCCAACUUCACUGGCCUGAAACUGCACUUCCUGGCUCCCUCUGAUGAGGAUGAAGAUGCUGGGGAGGGACAAGCAGCAGACACCAGUGGGCACAGCAGUCCCAAACCUGAGCAGGAAGAGACUGAACAACCAGCUAAUGGCAAUUCCCAUCAGCCACACCAGCCUGAGAACACCCCUGAAGCACAGGACGGUGAGACGCAGAGCAGCUCAGGCACCCCUGUGUGUGCAGGGGAGCUGCGACGCUGGACCCACGGGCACUACACUCUUGUCCACGACUCUCAAGCCACAGAAUUUGCUCUUGACCUGCUCUUCUUCUGUGGCUGUGAAGACUGGGAUCCUGAAUAUGGUGGCUUUACUUCCUACAUUGCUAAAGGUGAAGAUGAAGAGCUGUUGACAGUGAAUCCAGAGGACAACUGCUUGGCCUUAGUUUAUAGAGACAAAGAAACUAUGAAGUUUGUGAAAUACAUCAACCAUCGAAGCUUGGCACGCCUGAACAAGCAUCCAAACAGAACAGGAUUUUGGGAUUUUUCCUUUGUCUAUUAUGAGUGAUGGUGUGGUGUGACCACUGUCACAGAGAACAGUGGUGGGUGGUGGGCAGGUUCCCACCCGGAUGUUCAGCUCUGACCUAAGCA